UUAAUAGUUUGAUGUUUGCCAACCAGCAACCUUCAAAAGGUUGAUUGUAUAGAGCUGUUAAUAUACUUACCAUUUAUUCUGUUAUAUCAGUGAUGAGUCAAUUCUAAGCAUCAUGGAUGAACAAGUGGAGAAAAAGGAGGAAGCUGAUUCUAAAGAAGAUCAGGAUGAUGAACUUGCUGAUGGAAACCCUGAUGAAGAAGAAGCUGGUUCAGGAGAGAAAGUCAAGUUUCCUUAUCAGAUAUUGGCCAUCUAUGCAUACACUGUCAUGCAUGCAUGUUCAGGAGCUGCCCUGAGUUCUGUUUCUCACACAUACAAAGUCACAGAGUUGCAAAUGGAACCUGGGCUGGUGACAAAGAUUCAACAAGCAACUGGUCCAAUAUUCACUCUUCUCAUAUUGGCCUGGUCCUAUGUUGCUGAAGCCUGGACUGGAAGAUUCCCGGUUAUGAUCAUCUGCUGCGUUUGUUACAUCUUUGGACAUGUGCUGGUCACUGGGUCUGACCUGGCUCCAAUUCUGUGGUAUCCUGAUAUGUCAAUUGGGACGAGGAUAUUUUUCUUCUAUGCUGGGAGCACAGUCAUCAGUUUUUUCAACACUGGAGAAGCCACAACUUCCACAGCUUUUGGAGCUGAUCAAUUCAAAUUGCCAGAGCAGGAGACAGAGAAGAAUAACUUUUUCUUUUGGGACUAUAGUGUCAUGAAUGCUGCUUUGUGUCUUAUGUACAUUGUGUCUCCUGCAAUGAGGAAUGUUUCUUGUUUUGGCAAUGAUGACUGCUACUCCCUUGCCUUGGGCAUGGCUGGCAUUUUUGCUAUUUUAAUCCUGAUUGCCUUUGCAGCAGCAUCCCCAUGGUAUGUCAAAGUGCCACCAGUGGGAAAUGUGACAGGCAGAGCAUUUGCCUGCAUUUUUUAUGCCAUCAAGAACAAGUUGACUAAACCAAAAAACCCAGAAUACAACCAUUGGAUGCAAUAUGCAGAAUAUAGUGGCUAUACCCCAGAGUUCAUUGCUGUUGUCAAGCACUUGCUUGAUGUUUCUGUCAUGCUCUUUCCCUUGUCUUUCUACUGGGCAUUGUACCACAUGAAUAAAACCAGAUGGAUUGACAUGGGGUACCAGAUGAAUGGCACUGUCCCAUACACAAACUUCACCCUCAAGUCUGAUGAACUUCAGUGGUACAAUCCUUUGCUGACCUUCAUCAUGGUUCCCUUCAGUGUGAAAUUCAUCUUCCCUGUGCUCAACAAGAUUAAAAUCAUGCACACCAUGGUGCAGAAACUUGUUGCAGGAUUCGUCAUUAUGGUCAUCACCUACAUUCUUAUAACCAUAAUCUGCUAUGCAGUUGAAGAGAACAAUCCACGUCCAAUGAAACUGACUAAAGAUACCACAGCACUCCAAAUUGUUGGUGGAAUGGCAGAAGGAGAAGCCCCAGUUACACUAUUCUUGAGUGGGCCAGAUUUUCCAGGGCAAAUGAGGAUCAUUUUUCCAGGUGCCACUGCCUCAUGGGAAGAACUGAAAGCUGGUGUGCCAUACAAAUUAUCAACUGACAUUUCUGGGACACCCACACUGGCCACAUUCACUGGAAAAGGAAAAGAAGCAUUUACUGGCUUGGUUCAUGGGACUGCAGGUUCACCAUCAGUGAACAUUUUUCCAGAUCCUGAAGAGCAGUAUGGGAUGACAAGGACCAAUAGACCUGUCAUGAGGGCCAUUGUUUUGACCCCUGGAAUAGGCAAGACUUUGGAUUUCAUCCACUCCAAUGGAGCUGUAAAGUCUGUAACUUUACCAAGUGCAGUGGGUCCUAGUGAAUACCUUGGAAAACCUGAUGUGGGACUGUACACCAUGAAAUUGGAUGGACAAGAAGUUGGUCAGCAGUUGUUUGAGUCUGGUGCAGUUUAUUCAGUUGUGAUCUCUGGCUCAGCAGGGUCCCCAAAGAUUUCCACAGCUGUACAAGCAAAACCAGCAGUUGUGAACUUGAUUUGGAUUCUAAUCCCUGUUACAGUUGUAACAGUGUCUGAAAUGCUGGUGUCACCAACUGCCAUUGCAUUUUGGUACAAUGAGUGGCAAGAGUUCCUGCUUUACACAUUCCUCAUCACCCUCAACACUAUACUUGUGAUCCUCAUUGCCCGUUGGUUCAAGUCAAACGAGGAAAAAGCUGGGAAAGUGCCUCUGGCAGGUCCUUUGGGUCAUGACAAUCCAAACAGGGUCAGCAUGGUCAGUGGUGAAGGGUCAGCAGGACGACCUUCAGUGAGAAAGUCAGUGGCUGCUCUUGGGGCUAGCAAAGCACUUAAUGAGGAAACCAACAGGCAGACAUAAGCCUGAUAUGAGUUGAUGAAUCAAUUAUUUUUUUCAUCAUUUUUCAUGUGUGCAUUUACACCAGAUUUGUUCAAAUAAAUUUUGUGGCUAUCAA